GUUUUAUAUCAACAAUGAAUAUGGUAACGUGUCAAAAUGGCCGAUCUGAACAAGGAGCUGAACGAGUAUCUUUUAAGCAACAAAAAUGAAAAGCAAUUCAAAAUUCCGAUACCCUCGGUCACGUUACCUAAACCAACUUUGGGGAAAUGGUUCGGUGGAAAUGGCGAACAGAAUAAGGAGGAAGCAGGAUGGUUUAAGGAGACUCAAAAAGACUGCUGUCCUAGUAUGACAAGACUGCAAAGACUUACAGCAUUCGCACUCUGUUUUUUCAUGGGUAUUCUUUGCUUUUGCUUGUCAGCAAUCUACAUUCCAGUAUUAUUGCUAAAAGCAAGGAAAUUUGCCCUAUUAUAUUCGCUGGGGAGUUUAUUCUUUCUUAUGAGUUUCUGCUUUUUGUGGGGUCCUAUGAAUUAUCUCAAAUCCCUGUUUACAGUCGAACGUAGGUGUUUCACUAUGACAUACUUCGGGACACUCUUUGGUACGCUCUACUUUGCUUUACACUUGCAGUCUACACCCUUGACAGUGCUUUGUGCUGUUCUACAACUCAUUGCCAUGCUGUCGUUCUUGGUAAGUCAUAUUCCUGGAGGUACAACAAGCCUUAUGUUUUUUACAAGAAUGUUUAAGUCUUCUGUAAGUUCAACGUUGCCUGUGUGAUAGUUCUAUUGUAAAAUUGCUGUAUAACAAUAUACUUCUGAUGGCUCCUUGCAUCUGAUAUCAAA